CUUGCCUCAAACUCUUUUGUCUGCAGCGUGCUGCGAGCUGCGCGCCCUCCAGCUUUUGCCUCGCUGGCGUCCUAGGUCCACGAUGCACCAAAAGUCGAGUGCUGAGCGGCGGCGCACCGCACCACAUGCGAAGCUCCGCGCACGAACAACGCACCGCGCACGGCGAGCACGAGCAUCCGGGUCCGAGUCGAGGGCGCCGCUGAAGACGAGCCGCACUCGCACCCACCCGCCGCGCGCACGGUCGACCCCGAGGAACGUCGACCGGAACUGCAUCAACUGGCCGUCGUUCACGCUGGCCCUCGUCCGCGCAGCGCUGCUCUCGAGCGGACACCCUCUACAUCUACCCGUCCUCCUCGCGCAUCUUCAACACAGGUUGAGACAGCGGAUACGGCUCGGGCUCGACUGUGGCUUCUACUUGCGGACCAAUUCCACGUUCCUUUUCACCCUUACCGAUCCUCGAAAUGUUCAUGACGACACUCACGACCCAACUCACGACCUCUCGUCUGGACCAGUUGAUGCACCGCUGGCGGGUUCAUCACUGGAUAGCGCUCAGUGGUAUCGAAGCCCGGCACCACUGUGUGUAGGCGACUCACCGAAACAAUCGAGCAAAAGCGAACCGAGCAUAUCCGUCGACGUCGAGUCCCUGGCGGACAGCAGGACCCGACGAAGAAGCCGGGCGUUCUGUCCUCGGAUGAUGGUGAUCAUGCGGACGCUGGGCUUCCGCUGCCUUCGCACCAUCAUACGCUGUCCCUAGAGUACGGCACACGUUACCCCUUCCUUCCCUGCAUUGCGACCUAGGCCACAUCACGGACUUCAGUAGACAGACACAUCCAUCAUGAGCACGCAGACACGUCGUUCAGUGCAAACGUCCGAUUUUGUAGCAAAGCAUGGCCGGG